UUUUAUUACAUCAUUAUCAUCACUCACUUUUCACUCUCUGAAUAAGCCUUCGCGAGUUCUACUAUUUUCGAGCGCAAUUUUUUCUCAAUUUCUUGAAGAAACCAUCAAUCGACACAACAAUGAACGGAAAUUCUCAAAACAAUUAUAGAGGUGUCUGGAAUAAUAAUAAUAUGCCAUCCACUGCUUUUAGUCCUGGACUAAUUCCUCACAGUAGUGGUCCUCACGCCUUUGCUGAUAACCCGCACAUACCACAUCAAGUGCCGACAUACUAUGCUGAUAACCAACAGAUACCACAUCAAAUGCCGACAUACUAUGCUGAUAACCGUCAGAUACCACAUCAAGCGCCGACACACUAUGUUGAUACCAGGAACUUACCGCAUCAAACACCGACAUAUCAUGUUGGUAACAUGCACUUAUCACAACAUCCAACACCCACACACUAUGCUGACAAUAGGCCCUUACUACCUACUCCAAUGCCAACACACUAUGCUAAUAUUAGGCACUUGCAACAUCAAAUGCCGGCACACUACACUGAUAAUAGGUACUUGCCUCAUCCAAUGCCGGUACACUAUGCUGAUAAUAGGCACUUGUUGCAUCCAACGCCGGCAUACUAUGCUGAUAAUAGACACUUGCUGCGUCCAACGCAGUUGCCACAUCAAACGGCAAAGCACUGUACAGAUAGCAAGCACUUGCCACAUCAAACGGUGGUACACAGUACAGAUAACAAGCACUUGUCACAUCAAACUGUGGUACACAGUACAGAUAACAAGCACUUGCCACAUCAAACUGCCGUACAAUAUGAAGAUAAAAUGUGCUUGCCGCAUCAAAUGACAAAAGAAUUGGCUGAUAAAAUGCACUUACCGAAUCCAAAUCCAGAAGACUAUGCUGCUAACAAGUGCUUACCACAUAAAACACCAGAUCACAAUGCUGAUAAGAGGCAGUUACCUCAGCAAACGUCAGAAGCCUAUGCCGAUAAGAGUACGUUACCUCAAAAAACGUCAGAAGCCUAUGCCGAUAAGAGGCAGUUACCUCAACAACCGUCAGAACACUCUGCUGAUAUGAACUUAUCUCAACAAACACCUAAAGACUCUGCUGAUAAGAAGUGCUUACCACAUAAAACACCAGAUCACAAGGCUGAUAAGAGGCAGUUACCUCAACAAACGUCAGAAGCCUAUGCCGAUAAGAGGCAGUUACCUCAUCAAACAUCAGAACACUCUGCUGAUAAGAACUUAUCUCAACAAACACCUAAAGACUCUGCUGAUAAGAAGUGCUUACCACAACAAACACCUGAAGACUGUGCUAAUAAGAAGUGCUUACCACCGCUUUUACAAUGUGAAAUUUGUGAUCUUAAGUUGAAUCCCAAGUGUAUGGAAUUUCAUAAGAAAGGAGGGAGACAUCGAAGAAGGUUGCUUGAACUGCAAGAACAGUCAACGAAACAUAAAACUUCAAGUGGAAAAGAGAUUAGACCUAAUCAAAGUUCUCAAACUAGUAAUAAGAGAUUACCACCGGUUGUACGUUGUGAAAUUUGUGAUAUUCAGAUAUGCUUCCCCAAUAGUUUGAAAACUCAUAAUAGGAGACGUAAACAUAAAAGGUUAUUAUCACUACGUGAGAAAUCAAUGAAACAUAAAGAUUCAAAUGGAGAAGAGAUUAGCCAUAUUCGAAGUUCUCAAAUUAAUCCAGUAGUUCAACCUAAGAAAGUUCCAACUGAUGUUUCUAAAAGGAAACUCUCGGAUCACACUGGUGCAAAGGAUCAUGGUUUCAAGGUAGAGAAUGUGAAAAAUGAAACUUCUAGUUUCAAGAAAAAGAACGUUCCAGCUGAAAUGUCUAAAAGGAAAGUCACGGAUAACACCGAUGCAAAGGAUCAUGGUUUCAAACACGACAUUGAAGGAGCAACAGGAGGUAAGUACAUGAAGAUGAAUAAUGGGAUAAGAAGGUCUGUAAAAAAUGAUCAGCCACAGUCAACUCCAGUUGAGUUGAAGGCCUCAGCAGGCUCUAAUAUUAUUGCCGAAAAAGAAUAUAUAAGUUGUGAUUUUGCUGCAACAGUAAUACUAAUACCACAGGGUCCUGUGGCUUCUCAUGCAUUCACACCACCACCACCAACAAAAGAAUCAAGUUUUGAACCCAAAAAUCAUAUUGAUUUAACAGAAGCCGAAGAACAUCACAAGGUUCAGAAAUGUGGUGUGGAAACAAAUGAUGAGCCGCAAUCAAUCUCAAUGAAGCUACAAGGCCUUGGUGGUUGUAAUAUUAGCUCAGUGGCUGAAGAUAAUUCUUCUGACUCUGAUGUAAUAGUAAUAGCACUACCACAAGGACAUGUGACUUCUCAGGUACUAACACCAUCACCAGCAGCGGGAUCAAGUUUUGAACAUCCAAUUCAAAUCGAUUCUCAGAUCGAAGUAGAAGAAGGCCCAGAAUUCCACGAGGUUCAAAAUCAUAGUGUGGAAACAAAUGAUCAACCACACUCAAUAUCAACGGAGUUCCAUGCCAUUGCAGGUUCUGAUAUUAAUACCUCGACCGAAGGUACAUGUUCUGAUUCGGGUGCAAUCUUAAUAGCAUCACCACCAUCUAAUAUUGCUUAUGAGGUAUCCACACCAGUAGCAGUUAUUCAAACUGGAAUGUCAGAUAGCAAUAAUGAGAUUCAAAAUCCUAUUGUUGAUUCAAAUAAUCAGCACCGUUCAAUCUCAAUGGAGUUGCACGGCAUCGCCGGUUCCAUGACAAACAACCAAACCGAAGUUGUGAACUCUGAUUCUACAGCGAGAGAAAUUUAUAAAGAACCACUUGCAUCCCUACUGCCAGAUGCAGUUGGGUUAAGUUUUGAGCCUGUAACUGAACAUGGUCUAGAUACUGAAACAGAACCUAAUGUGUCGGAAGCCAUAUUAUAUAGUGAGAGCCAACAUCCUGCUGAGGAAACAGAUAUUGAACUGCUACCACCUGUCUUAAUGGAGAUUGAUGUCCCAUUAGAGGUCGGUGCUGAAACCAAAACUGAAGAUGGAAAUUCUCAAGCCAAAAUGAAGAUGGAUGUCGAUCUUUCCCCUGAAUCAGGAAAAACUAAGUUGCUUAAGGUAUCUGUUUGUCUUACGUGUGGCGAUGAAGGCUUUGAAGAGGCAAUAGUAUAUUGCAGCAAAUGUGGAGAUUAUGCAAUGCAUAGAUAUUGUUUAGUCGGUCCUGUGGUUUUUACCGACAAGGUUACUUGGUUUUGUAUGGAUUGUGAAGAAGUGGUAGUAGAAGCAGAUCAUCCUAACAGUGAGACUCCAGAAUCAGAAAAAGAUGAAGUUGUUUUUGAUCCGCAGCCUAUUGCUGAUCCAAUCUGGAGGGGAAGUUUACAGGUUUUCAACAAAAGCUUUGAUAAAAUCAGGGGACUAAUGGGACAUUUGUCCACAUUAGCUUGCCCUAAAGUUCUUGAGGAGGCAAGUCAUCUCCCUGAUGUGCUUUAUGCAAACUUGCUUCAAAGAUCAGCUGUGUGGCCAGAGAGUUUCAAGAAAUUUGGAACAAAUAAUCAGAGUAUUGGCCUCUAUUUCUUUCCUGAGAAUGAAAGUGUUAGGAGCUAUUAUGACCAGCUAGUUGAUGAAAUGAUCUCCAAUGAUCUUGCCAUCAGAGUCAUGGUUGAAAAAACCGAGCUUUUAAUUUUUUCUUCUACAUUGCUCCCAAGACAAUACAAGAGAUUUCAUUCAAAAUAUUAUUUAUGGGGUACUUUUAAAAGAAAGCAAGUCACAAGCACCAUGAAAGAUACUUGAACCUGGUUAUGGAAAUGAUGUUGUUGUCUUACUAGAUAAUAGUCUUAUUUGUUACCAAUAAUUAUAGUUGUCAAAAUGGAUUAGUCUGAAAAAAUAUUAGGUCUAAGUCGCAAAUAAUAGCUCUGCUAGGGUUUCUGGAAUAUGACUACUCCCAUACUGGUGCCGCCACCGGUGCCACCGCUGGAACCUCCGAAUACAGAUCCGGUCAAACGGCCAUGGAAUCAAGGGCUUCUCACAAAUGGAAUGAAGGAGAAAGGCGAUGAGGAAAUUCAAACUAAACAAGGAAAUGUCACUGUUUCUUACAGAAACAUUGUCACCAGAGAGAACAAUGAUACGUUGCAAGAGGAGGAAGAUGAUGAGAUUAGGUAAUUUCUUUCCCCACCUCCCAACCUUCUAGGUCACCUCUGGUGAAAAACAACAUAUAUCCCUGACUUCGGAAAUGCAUUUCCGAAAUGCAAGAAAAAGGUGUUUUCGGAGAUGCAUCUCCGAAAGUGUUUUUUUUUUCAAAAUUUGUCUUAUUUCGGAAAUGCAUUUCCGAAAACAGCAUUUCGGAAGUUCAUUUCCGAAAUACUGCGCGUUUUGCAGAUUAAGCAAAACAGCGCCCCUCCCCCAUUCAUUUUACCAUAAUCUUCUUCCAAACUCAGACUCUCUUCAAAAUUUCUGCAAAAAGCAAGUGUGAAGUAUCAGAGAUUGCCAAAAUCUUCUUCCAAUCUCAACCUAAAUCAUCUCAAACUCUAUUAGUGGUAAGUUUAUCAAUUUUUUUCAAUUUUUAGAUCCAUUAUUAAUAUCUCUACUAGGGUUGUUUAGGUUGUUUAGAUCCAUUACUCAAACUCUAAACUGUUAUUUAGGUUGUUUAGAAAGAAUAAAAUUAGUUUUGAUUUAGGAUUUUGGGGUCUGCCAUGGAAGUUGCAGAAAACUUCUUCGCAGGGGUGUUUCGGAAGUUCAUUUCCGAAAACACCUCCAUUCCCAGUUUCGAAAACGAACUUCCGAAGUGUAUCAGGAUUUCAACUUUUUUUAGUUUUUUUUGUUGUCUCUCAUUAAUCGAUUUCAAUUGUUUUCAAGAACAUGUCAGGCAACCAAACACGCAUCAGACAGGGUAGAGAGACCUAUACUGCGUCGGCUAGACGCGAGCGGACGGCGCAGCUGGCGUCGACGCAGGGACGGGGGCAAGGCCGGGGACGUGUGCGAGUUCCCGUGCAGAUGGACGAGGGUACAUUUACAUUUGGAUCGAGGAGUCGUCUGGCUCGGGUAUCUUCUUUCCGCCAGCGAGAGGAGGAGGAGGAGGAGGCAGUGCCAUACACCACGAGGCGGAGGAGGUACCGGAUGUUGACCCUCCACUCGGGGAGGAGGAUGAGUAGGAGGAGGGCUACCCGGGAGGGCCCAGUGACACUUCCGUGCUGCUUACCUACCACGAGCACGUCACUCGGCGUAUCUGGAAGGAAGAUGUAUUUUUUAUAAUUUGCCCGAUUAUAUUAUUUAGCCGUUUAUAAUUUAGCCGUUUAUUCAAUAUUUUCUUAACGGUCUAUUUAACAUACUUUUUUUUUUUGUUUUUUUUUUGUUACUGGAGAGAGAGCCUUUGAAAAUGGUGAAUUACUCUCGGAAGGUUUUUAGUCUGUUUAAACCAACUGCUGAGUGGUUUAACGACGCGGUGAGAGCUUCAGGGCUUAGUGGACUCUGCAUGACGGGGUAUACCACCAUCAGCCACGGCAUGCAGGGGGCUUUUGUGAAGCGGUGGCACAGAGAGACGUCUUCUUUCCACUUACUGGUUGAGGAGAUGACGAUCACCUUGCAUGAUGUGCAGUAUCUUCUCCACCUGCCGAUCAGGGGGACGCUGUUGCACCACUCCCGGAUCCAGAGGGUCGAAGUCAGUCAGUGGAUGGCGCUCUAUUUGGGUAUGGAGCCCGAAGUUGCUGACUAUGAGUGCAUCACGACAUCUAGGCCUCAUAUCCGGUUCACCACACUGAGCGCCUAUAUGAGCACCACUUGGUGUCGGCGGCCGAAUCCGAGGAUGCGGGUGACGAACUAUUUACACAGUAUCACCGUGGCUGCGCUCUCCGGUGCUGGUACAUGUUUGUGGUAGGCGCUGCGAUCUUUAUGGACAAGAGUGCGAGGUACGUCGACGUGGCCUACCUCCGCUACUUCAUGGACUUGACCACCGUUCACCAGUAGAACUGGGGGGCAGCUACUCUGGCAUACCUAUACCAGAAGCUGAAUGAGGCCUCCAACUGGAGGACGAGGAAGUUGACCGGAUCCUGCACACUACUUACGAGCUGGAUCAUCUCUUACUUCUCCCGCAUCCACGGCUUCCACAUUGAUCAUGAGUACGAUGAUGUCAUGCCCAGGGCCGCCAGAUACGUUCUCUAGAGGGGGAACAAUGCAGUGGGACCAUACCGUGUGUACCUGGACCGCACGAUGGACGAUGACGUCACUUGGAGGCCAUUCAGCGACUACACUCAUAUUGUCCCCUUUGACGGCAUAUCUUUAUAUUCUGGCUAGUUGGCAUGUGGGACCAGCACCAUGGUUCGGUAUCUCCCUGAGCGGUGCAUGCGGUAGUUUGGGUAUGUGCAGAUGAUACCUAGGUCACCUUUUGAGGCUGCUCCCGACACAGUGACCUGAGUGCAGCUCACUGACAUAUUUGAGGAUUGAGAGCGUCAUGUGGUACCAGAGGAGUAUCGUCGCAUUCGGGUCACCCAGGACUGGCACAGUGUGGAGGGGUACGUCACAUGGUUCUACCGGGUGUCACAUCCUCUGCUGAGACCCGACGCACAUUAUUACUAUUUGGAUCGGUUUUUAUAUAUUAUUUGAAUUUGAUUUAUCAUAUUAGUAUUUUCUGUUUA